AAGGCCUUACCACACGACCAACACACUCUAGCUAGCAGCUUGAAUAGUUCGCACAACAGAAUCAGAUACUGCAAACUAUUCAUCAUCAAUGGCUGCCCUCCAAAUCUCCAACUGCGAGAGCCAAAUCUCUACUGAGCUCCUCAUAGCUCGGGUAACGCAAAUCCAUGCUAGCAUAUCCAAGCUUAGCUCGUUAAGGCCUUCGAAGCAAGUUAAUAGCCUCUUCUCUAACCUUGUGAAACUAUGUAUCCUACCAUCAUCCAUAGACAUUACUGCCUUGCCUGAAGAAGUGCAAGCAAUGAGAGAAAGCCUCAUCAAUUUAUGUGGCCAUGCCGAGGGCCUGUUGGAGCUUGAAUUCGCAACGUUCUUGAGCAAAAUCCAUCAACCUUUGAACAACCUUAACCUUUUUCCCUACUACGGGAACUAUGUCAAGCUAGCCAACAUUGAAUACAGGAUCUUGAAUGAAAGUGUGGUGCUGCAGCCAAAGAAGGUGGCUUUUGUGGGUUCAGGUCCAAUGCCUCUCACUUCUUUUAUAAUGGCUACACAUCAUAUGAAAUUCACUCACUUUGAUAAUUUUGACAUUGAUGAGGCUGCUAAUGAUGUCGCUCGUCAAAUUGUUGCUUCUGAUGUUGAACUUGAGAAGAGAAUGAAGUUUGAGACGGGUGACAUAAUGGAAGUUAAAGAGAAGCUGAGUGAAUAUGAUUGCAUAUUCUUGGCUGCCUUGGUUGGCAUGAGCAAAGCAGACAAAGUCAAGAUUCUAGGCCAUAUAAGGAAGUACAUGAAGGAGGGUGGGGUUCUGCUGGUGAGGAGUGCAAAAGGGGCUAGAGCCUUUCUCUAUCCUGUUGUCGAGGAGCAGGAUGUUCUUGGCUUUGAGCUUCUCUCCAUCUUUCACCCUACUAAUGAUGUGAUCAAUUCAGUUGUUCUCCUCCGCAAGCCUGCCUUUUAAAGCAUAAAAAGCUUCCAUUUCUUGCAAAACUGGUCCAGGAGGCAAUUAUGGAGCUCCAAUCUUCUCUAGGAUGCGUCAGUCUUCUCCACCAGCUGAUCUUAACUAGAGAGCUGCUAUUUUAUCCAGUUUUCUUAUUCCUGCUGCUAUGUUAUCUAAUAGCACCUCUUGGUGUUCUGUGUUUGGUUUUCAUGUUUUUUUCAGUUCGGAUUUUUCCCUUUUGCUAUGUUUUCCUAUAUGAAAUCUAGCCAUUCCGUCACCACCAAAUUUUAAUAACCUAAAGAUGUUGUAUUCCUGAUAAUAAAAAAGAGGGGUGAUAUCUUUUCUUUUCUUCCUUUUUAC